UUGUUAGAUUCAAUUGCUUCAUUAGAACUCCUCUUUCACUCUCUAGACGUGCUAGGAACUUAUUAGGAACUUUCCGAGUGUUAAACUCCCCGCUGCGCGCGCAGUGGACCGGCCACCUCCGUUCGCAGCCUCAGCCUCCCAUCCAUGAGCCAUUAGAUUUAACCCCUCGCUGUCCACCCCUCUUCUCCCUCCUUUGCUUCCACAACCUCUCCCCAGAAGAUGUCCGUCACUGUUGCCCUCGGAGCCCAAUGGGGCGACGAAGGCAAAGGCAAGCUCGUCGAUAUCCUCGCGCACACCUCCCAACUCUGCUGCCGGGCCCAGGGUGGAAACAAUGCCGGCCAUACCAUCGUCGCCAACGGCGUAACCUACGACUUCCACAUCCUGCCGUCCGGUCUCGUCAAUCCCAAGUGCAUGAAUUUGAUCGGCAGUGGCUGCGUCGUGCACAUCCCGUCGUUCUUCAAUGAACUGGACGCACUGGAGAAACAUGGCUUAAAUACCACGGGCAGGAUCUUUAUCUCAGAUAGAGCCCAUGUCGUAUUUGAUAUCCAUCAGUUGGUGGAUGGCUUGGAGGAAGUGGAGCUUGGUGGGAGCUUUAUAGGUACUACCAAGAAAGGCAUAGGCCCAACAUAUAGCACAAAGAUGACGAGGAGCGGCCUCCGAGUGUGCGAUAUCUUUGAUGAACAGGUGUUCGAGACUAAAUUCCGGAGAAUGGUGCACGGUUUCCAGAAACGGUUCGGCAAUCUCUUAAAGUACGAUCCAGAGAAGGAAAUUGCGCAAUACAAGGAAUACCGAGUCAAGCUGCAAGAUUAUGUCAUAGACCAGAUCCCACUUCUCACGUCUGCGAAAGAGAAGAAGUCAAACAUAUUAGUCGAAGGCGCCAACGCCCUCAUGCUUGAUAUUGACUAUGGCACAUAUCCCUUCGUCACAUCUUCGAACACCGGUCUUGGAGGAGUGAUUACCGGCCUCAGCUUAGGAUGGCGUUCUCUCACAGAGGUCGUAGGCGUCGUCAAAGCGUACACCACGCGCGUCGGAUCCGGUCCCUUCCCCACAGAACAAAUUAACUCCGUUGGUGAAAAGCUCCAAAACGUCGGCCACGAAGUCGGCGUAACCACGGGCCGCAAACGUCGCUGUGGUUGGCUAGAUCUAGUCGUCAUCAAACACUCGCACAUCUGUAACGACUACACAUCUCUCAACCUGACCAAACUCGACGUCCUAGACGACUUCGACGAACUCAAAGUCGCAACCGCAUAUUCCUACAAUGGCGAAUCCCUCGACUCCUUCCCCGCGAAUCCGGAGAUGCUGACGAAAGUCGACGUCGUGUAUGAGACACUCCCAGGUUGGAAAAAGCCAACGACGGGGGCGAAGGCUUUCUAUGAUUUGCCGCCGCAGGCGAGGCAAUAUGUCGAGUUUAUCGAGAAGUUUGUGGGGGUUAAGGUGAAGUGGAUCGGAGUGGGGCCGGCGAGGGAGCAUAUGAUUGUGAGGUAACAAUCAUGGCAUGUUCCCUCGGUUUCCUGACUCCUAGGCAGGAGGAGGUAGUAGGAGAUUUACCUAAAUGAUUCUGUGUACUUGUGUUAUGCUCUGCUGCUGUGGGUUAUAGCAGCAGGUGUGAAGUGUGAAGUAGCUUUUCAUGAACUUGGAGGGAGGUUAGGAAAACGAUAGAUAAUAGACAAAAUACAUUUCCC